CUCCUGAAAGAGCAGAAGCACAGGAAUAAAACAACAUGCUGACCCAUGGACAUUUCUCCAUGACCCUGCGCAGCCUGGCCAGAUCUCACAGGUUACAGAGGCACAUGUUAAACUUAUAUUUGCGAAGCUGCACAGUGGAAUCCGUAUUUGACAGGAAGCACAGCACAGAGGCCAGACUGAAAGCAGGCAAUGGAAAGGAAACCACAAAAUGGGGCAUUGCCUUAACCGGGGCCUUACUGGGCAUUGGAACAGUCUUGAUUUAUGGAGUGCCAAAGAAAAGGGUGGCGCAAGCAGAGCUUACAACACAUACUGUUGCUACGUCAACCUUUCCUCUAUACAGUAAGAAAGAUGUAAGCAAACAUGCCUCAAUGGAGAGCAGAGUCUGGGUGACCUAUGAAGGAGAGGUCUUUGACAUCACAGAAUUUAUUGAAUUGCACCCUGGUGGCAGCCGAAUCAUGCUAGCUGCAGGAGGUGCUCUGGAGCCUUUCUGGGCUCUCUAUGGAGUGCACAAGAAUGAGCAUGUGUUAGAGAUUCUGAAGGAAUACAAAGUAGGAGAACUUAAUUCUGCUGAGAAAGAUGAGCCAGUGGAUGAAUCCGAUCCUUAUUCCCAAGAGCCCAGUAGGCACCCUGUUCUUAAGGUGAACAGCAUGAAGCCUUUUAAUGCAGAGCCUCCACCCUAUAUGCUGACAGAGAAUUUCAUCACUCCAACUGAUCUGUUUUUCAAAAGGAACCACUUGCCUGUGCCACGGAUCAACCCUAAUGACUACAAACUUGAAAUUGAAAGACCAAAUGGCAAAACGCAAGACAAACCACUUAAUUUGACUUUGUCUGAUCUGAAAACAAAAUUUCCUAAACAUGAGAUUACAGUCACAUUGCAAUGUGCUGGAAACAGGCGUUCCGAAAUGAGUGCAGUGAAGCCAGUAAAAGGGCUAGACUGGAACAGUGGAGCAAUCAGUACAGCGCACUGGGCAGGAGCUCGCCUAAGGGAUGUACUGCUGGAAGCAGGGUACACUGAGGACUGUUCCCAGGCUCAGCAUGUACAUUUUGAAGGAUUGGAUCGGGAUAUGACUGGAACAAACUAUGGUGCCUCUAUCUCAUUUCAGCAAGCAAUGGCCAGAGAGAAUGAAGUUAUUUUAGCCUAUGAGAUGAAUGGGCAGGAACUACCUCAAGACCAUGGUUUUCCCUUGCGAGUAAUUGUGCCAGGCGUGGUUGGUGCCCGGAAUGUGAAGUGGUUGGGUAAAAUCAUAGUAAGCAAAGAAGAGAGUGGGAGUCACUGGCAACAGAAUGAUUACAAGGGUUUCAACCCAUGUGUCGAUUGGGACAAUGUGGACUUUGCAUCUUCUCCAUCCAUACAAGAUUUACCAGUGCAGUCUGCCAUUACAGAGCCACAUCCAGGACAGAAGGUCACUCCUAAUUUUGAAGGAGAAUUGACAGUAAAAGGGUAUGCAUGGAGUGGAGGAGGGAGGGAAAUAGUGCGGGUGGAUGUGUCUGUGGAUGGAGGAAAGACAUGGAAAGUAGCAGAAUUAACUGGAGAGAAACAAAAGACUGGGCAGGCCUGGGCAUGGAAACUAUGGCAGCUAAAUGUCCCAUUUCCUUCCAACAUCAGUGAUUUCACGAUUAUUUGCAAGGCUGUGGACAGCAGUUAUAAUGUACAGCCGGACACUGUGGCCCCUAUCUGGAACUUGCGUGGUGUACUGAACAAUGCGUGGCACAGAGUCCAUGUUACAGUGGACACAGAGUAGCCAUGGCAGAAUGGACCUUUUCAUUGGUGUGGGCUGCAUUUAUGCAUGGCCACCUUCUGAAGCUCUUUGGGUUAUAAAUUCCCAUCCCUGAGGUGUGGUGUCUGGAAUCAUUUCAAGGGCAAGCUGAAUUUGCUUAGCAACGCAUUUUUAGCUGCUUUUAUUGGAUACUGAAAUAUUCAUUCUAGAGCAGCAGAGACAUGUUGCUAAUGGGGAAUGUACAGUAUUGGGCAAAUCUAUGGAGUCUGUGUCCCACUCACAG